UGUCACUCAGUGACAGUUUGUCAACAACAAGCAAAAACACACGAAGAACUUGGAGUUUAACUCACUAAAAUUAUAUUUCUUUAAAAGAACUUCUUGGCUAAAAAUGAGUUCACCAGUGACAAGUCAACUGCUAGAGCAGGAAAUCAUGGCUGAAGAGCCAUGGUGCAACGAGACCAAAUUAUACCAGCCAUACGAAGCGGAGCAGAUUCUAUUGGCAGAGAAUGCCAGCUGUUUGGCAGUGAAAGCAUAUUUGAAUAUGUGUAAUUUGCCAUACGAAAUCGAACCGUGUUCAAAUGCCGAGUACAUGAGUCCAGGCGGCCAUAUGACAAAGUUACCAGUGUUACAGUGCGGAGCAUUUGUUGUAUCAGAGCUGGAGCCGAUUAUUAAUCUCGUAGAGCGAAAAGGGUUAUCGUUGACUGCAUCAAUGGAUGCUGACGAAAAGAACGACCUAAGAGCGUACCUCAGUUUGACUGAGAAAAUUUUUACAAAUGCAGAACUGUACAUUUGUUGGAUGGAUAAGCAAACACUGGAAGAAGUGACAUACAAACGAUAUGGAUCCGUAUAUCCUUGGCCACUGAAUCACAUUCAAAAUUGGCGUAAGCGAAGUGCAGUCGUAAAAAAGUUAAAAGUAUUCAACUGGGCAUCGUACACAAAUGAACAAGUUGUGAAAAAAGUACGCAAAUGCUGUGCGUUCUUAAAGGAAAAACUAGGAAACAAUCAAUAUUUCUAUGGGGAUACUCCAACCGAAUUAGAUGCUUUAGUCUUCGGGCAUAUUUACACAAUCCUGACCACACCGUUGCCGAAUAACAACCUGCAACAGUUGAUCAAAAAUAAUUUCGAGUCACUCGUGGACCUCUGUUUCCGAAUUGAAAAGGAGUAUUUCAAUAAAUCGUCACAUGCAUCAACCAGCACCAAAUAGAUAGAUUGGCUUGCAUAAUCAAGUCGCAUGACACACGCAUAAAUUCAAAGCAAAUUGAAAUGACAUCCUCGCAUACAAAGUCAGAAUUAAAUGAUGCAAUCUUAGAAAUUGUUUAACAUAUUUUUCUUUUAUUUUAGUUUUUGCUUGAAAUUUGUUAACAUGUUAGGAUUUUAGUUCAAUAGUGGAGGAAAAAAAUGACUUAAAGUACGGGCCAUUUGAAGGAGAAAAGAAACAAAGAAUAAAUAAAUAUGUUAAAAAAAAAGAGUAACAACAUUUAAAUAAAUUCUUUUCAAUUCUUGACGUUACAUUUAUAAAGAAAUCCUCGGCUACGAACAUUUAUCGGAAUACACUUUUUGGCCACACAAUCGGGCCGGCGGGGAUAAAUUCCAAUGAAAUAAGGCCUCUAGACUGAAAAAAUUCUCACGAUAUAGUUGUGCUGUCACAGGUCUUCAAUAAAUCUAUGAAUGUCAAAAGUCGCGUCUCAACGAUUCGAUAUUCCGAAUUGAGGC